AUGGAUCUUUGUCGAGGAGGCGAAGUCUUCUCGAAGAUCUUGGAACUUCGACGUUUCACCGAAGCAAAUGCUGCGACACUUGGAUCUCAGAUGCUCGCAGCAAUUGCGUACAUCCACACAAAGAGCAUCAUGCACAGGGACAUCAAAGCAGAGAACUUCUUGCUCUCCGACAAAUCUCCAACCUCAGUGGUCAAGAUGAUCGACUUUGGUAUGGCUGUGAAGUUCGAUCAUGGCGUGUGGUUCAAGGAGAUUUGUGGAUCCCCUCACUAUUUGGCGCCUGAAUUAAUUGGUCAGAAGUACAACCACAUGGUAGACAUGUGGGCCUUUGGCGUCCUCAUGUACUUACUCAUGUACGGCCACUACCCGUAUGACUCGAAGAACACCAGGGAUAUCAUGAUGAAGGUCUUAACGGAGCCCAUCCGGUGGCAAACCAAGGCGAAGUUGUCGCAGCAGACGCUAGGCUUCUUGAAGCGUUGCUUGGAGCCCUCGGUCCGCAAGCGUAUGACCGCCGAGGAUGGGAGGGACGGUUUGAAGCAUCCAUGGAUCGUCACCGCCGCGGCACCAGACCCCGAGAAGGGCCGGGAGAAGACCGUGGAGGCCGACGAGGAGCCCGACCUGAAUGAAUUCGUCCGCUCCGCACAUCGAAAGGUCACCUCCACACGGAAGCAGGUGGAUCAAGAGGCAGAGAACCGGCGGACGGAUUUGUUGGAAAAGAUCAACAAAGACUUUGAGAAGGGGAUCCGUCUUGGGAAUCGCUUGGGUGAGACGCCACAAGAGGACUUCAUGUCACGCCCGGAGUUUGUGCGGCGUGACAACCGCCUCACGACGGCACCGUCGCAAGGGGAAGCUUUGCUGCAGAAGUUCGAUUUUGGAUGGAACGGGGUGUUACGUUCGUAG